AAUUAUAUAUAAAAAAAAAUUCUUUGUUUCUCUUCUUUUUUGUAUUUUCUCUCUGUCGUUUCGUUCCGUUCAUCUUUGAUCUCCGUGUUGAAGUUGUAACAUCAAUAUUCGUGAGAAAAAGAAGAAGAUAUAUAGUAUAUAAGAUGGGUUUUCUUCACAAGCUUUGGGACGAAACGUUGGCGGGUCCCACACCCGAAACGGGUCUGGGCAAGCUCCGAAAGUUUAACAACUCAUCCGCCGGCGGCCCAGCGGUGGCGGAGGAUGUUCCGAUCAGCCGCAGCAUCACCAUUAUUCGGACUCACUCUGGUUUGGGAAGCACCUCAACCUCUGCUCCUGCCUCUCCUUCUUCUGUGCCGGACACCCCUUGCACCCCCUUCUCUCCCGAGGCGCCGGGCGGUGGUGUCAAGAAGUUCACGAGGAGAAAAUCGUCAACGGUGGAGGGUGCUGCAAAUAGAAGUCCGACGAUUUACGAUUGGUUCUCUGGGUGAUCAUGAGCGCUUUGGAUCGCUACUGAGAGUGGAAAUGAGAUGUUUUGCUUUUGAACUGACUUGAAUAUCAUCCCGCAGAGGCAGAGAGGGAUUACGUUUUCUGUACAUACAGCAACACUGAUUUCAAUUUCCAUAGGGAAUCAUGUUAUUUUAUUCAUUGCACCUUACUAUACUAUGUACAUAUUAUAUGGUAUAAAGUAUACGAAUACAUCAGUACUACCUGCUUAUAAAAUGGCUCAGGUGAUUUGCAGGGUGUAUCCACCAGAUUGAGUCAGUGCUUCAUGGGAUUCCAAGGUUGUGAAAGAGUAGAAAACCAGCUUUUGUAUAUAUGUUUUUUUUUUUUCCUUUUGAUUUCUUGGCUGUUGUAAAUAUGACUUUUGUACUCUCAGAUCUCUAUUGGUGAACUCAAUGAAGCUUGAAAAUAGUUAUUGUAUAUAAAUAAAUAUAUGUUUCUGCUUUUUUAUAGACCCUUGGUGCUUAGUGACAUAUCUUUAUACAUACAUAAUCAAAAGAUUGAGCAUGCAUCAGCUAUUAACUCAAAUAGAUGAUUAAUAGUUACAUGAAGAUGUAUGGCCUCAAUCAAUCAAUUUGUUCAAUUCAAAGGACUAAAAGAGCGAUUAUUGUUUGAGGAAAUUAAGAGGUAAAUGCUAGGAUGACACUUCCUUAGAAAUUAAGCAUUCUAUAGCAAUUUUCUGUCAAAAUCUGAAAGGACAGUUAUGGUUUGACCCCAGCUUCGUUUAGGUUGAACAAGUCUUCACCUUCUCAAUCAGAUCAGCGGCAUCUUGGACGGUGGAGAUGUUCUCAGCUCCACCUUCUCCAAUAGA